CGAUGGAAACAAAACGAUGAAGCGCCGAUUUUCUCAACGGAACUGCAAUAGAAAGUUGAGAACUCAGUCUAAAUCAGAGGAGAACAGCACCUGCAGUCCAUACUUUACAUCUAUGUGUAAUGAUUUAAAAUUCAAGAAAAGAAAAACGGAUAAUUUGGCCGAGAAAUCAAGCAAAAAGAACGACAACUACAGUGUCGAAAAUCUUCCAGAAAAUGCCGAUCAUUCUGCGAAACCGACUCCAGGGCAAAGAAAAAAGCUUGAUAGAACAUUUUACGAUGUACCUGCAAAAGAACUAGCUAAGAAUUUACUUGGUAAACGCCUUUAUCGUGUGUUGGAAAAUGGCGAAGUUCUUUCAGCUCGUAUCGUUGAGACAGAAGGGUAUCUUGGAGAGGGUGACAAAGCAUGUCAUUCAUAUGGCGGCAAAAGGACUUCACGGACUGAACCCAUGUUCAUGUGCCCUGGGACGGCGUAUGUUUAUUUUGUCUAUGGUAUGCAUUUUUGUCUGAAUAUCUCGAGUGAGGAUGCUGGAGGAGCUGUGCUUAUCCGGGCUUUGGAGCCUGUUGAAGGUAUUGAAAGAAUUAAGGAACUAAGAGGAAAAAAGCAACAGAAUUCUUCCAAGGGAUUGCAGGACAUAAACCUCUGUAAUGGUCCAUCCAAACUCUGCCAAGCUAUGAGCAUUACCAAAGAAAACAUUAACAAGAAAGACAUGGUUACCUCCAAGGAAAUUUGGAUUGAAGACGAUCCAGGCAAUGAGGGAAUGGAGCUAAAGAUAGUAACUUCAACAAGAAUAGGUGUUCAUUCUUAUGGCCAGGAUGCUGCUUCACAGCUGUUGAGGUUUUAUAUUCUUGGUAAUAAGUGUGUAAGUGUUAGGGAUAAGAAGGCAGAGGAAAUAUUUGAAUAAGACAAUUUCAAAAAUUAAGGGAAGUAAUUUAGGGAGGGGAGAAAGGGGAAGGUUUUUUAGAGGGAGGAGGCAGGAAUUAGAGAACUGAACUCUGACAGUUAUUUUUUUAAACAUAAUGGUCCCCAAAUAUACAAAAGUCUCCCCCCAGGCAAAAUAUAUAGAUUGAUUCCAAGAAUUUCUUAAUUUCCAACAGGGCUUUCUUGGAUCACAUAUAUAUUCUUCAUAACAACAUGACCCAAUGGUCUGAAUUUUUCAUUGACAGAAGCCAGAAACCUAGAUAUCUUUUGCUGUGUAACUCAUAAUGAUGCAAAUGAAUUGCAGGGGGGAGGGGUGGAAAAACCAUAAAAUAUACCCCCUGCCUUCCCUAAUCCAGGAUCUGUUCCUUUGAAUAUCUGAUAGUAUGUAGCUGGUGCAAUACAACACUUGCAUGMUAGCGUCAUUUGAAUCCCACUACCACUGAGAUGUUUUGAAAAUUUUUUAAAUUCAAAUUUGUAUUUCCAGGCACAAUAGAAUGUUUUCCCCUGGAAAACUGAGUUCUUUAUCAUGUAAACAAGAUUAGACCAGAUUCAAUUGCUCCUGCCUCCUGUCAUGGCUGCCAUCACGUGAUGGUGCAAUACCUCUAUUGGCGCUAAUUAACUUAACGAAAGAAAUUGUGCAAAGGAUUCUGGUAGCUGCAGUCAAAUGAUGCCAUCGUGCAAGCUGUAUGAAAUUUACCUUUAACGCAUCACAACCUCUUUCUAGUUUUAAAAACUGUUAUUUCUAUUUUUCAUCAAUAAUCUGUACAUGUAUUACCUAACUGAAUGAUUUAAAAAAUACAUUGUGAUUCUUAUUACUAUAUAUAUACACACAUUAGAGUGUAAACCAUGUAUCCAUGAAAUACCAUAACUAAAUAACACUAAACACAUCUAUUUCUUUUGUUUUUAACCGAUUUAUUGGUGCUAUUUUGUACUAAUAUAAUUACUAUUUCACAGAUAUAAGGUUUGCACUCUUUUUUCGAAUACUGUAUUUUAUCUUUUUAAAUUAAUCAAUAUUUGUUAAUUUUGUUUAAUUAAUGGUUU